AGCGGCCUCUCUCCCUCCGAUCCCCCCGCGCCCGGGACCCCUGGCCCCACUGUGCGCCAGCUCGUCGGGUCGGGCCAUGGGCCCCGCCGCUCGCCCAGCGCUGAGAUCGCCGCCGCCGCCUCCGCCGCCGCCCCCGUCGCCGCUGCUGCUGCUGCUGCCCCUGCUGCCGCUGUGGCUGGGCCUGGCGGGGCCCGGGGCCGCGGCGGACGGCAGCGAGCCGGCGGCCGGGGCGGGGCGGGGCGGAGCCCGCGCUGUGCGGGUGGACGUGAGACUGCCGCGCCAGGACGCUCUGGUCCUGGAGGGCGUCAGGAUCGGCUCCGAAGCCGACCCGGCGCCCCUGCUGGGCGGUCGCCUGCUGCUGAUGGACAUCGUGGAUGCCGAGCAGGAGGCGCCGGUGGAAGGCUGGAUUGCAGUGGCAUACGUGGGCAAGGAGCAGGUGGCCCAGUUCCACCAGGAGAAUAAGGGCAGUGGCCCGCAGGCCUAUCCCAAGGCCCUGGUCCAGCAGAUGCGGCGGGCCCUCUUCCUGGGAGCCUCUGCCCUGCUUCUCCUCAUCCUGAACCACAACGUGGUCCGAGAGCUGGACAUAUCCCAGCUUCUGCUUAGGCCAGUGAUCGUCCUCCAUUAUUCCUCCAAUGUCACCAAGCUGUUGGAUGCACUGCUGCAGAGGACCCAGGCCACAGCUGAGAUCACCAGCGGAGAGUCCCUGUCUGCCAAUAUUGAGUGGAAGCUGACCUUAUGGACCACCUGUGGCCUCUCCAAGGAUGGCUAUGGAGGAUGGCAGGACUUGGUCUGCCUGGGAGGCAGUCGUGCCCAGGAGCAGAAGCCCCUGCAGCAGCUGUGGAAUGCCAUCCUACUGGUGGCCAUGCUCCUGUGCACAGGCCUCGUGGUCCAGGCCCAGCGGCAGGCAUCGCGGCAGAGCCAGCGGGAGCUCGGAGGCCAGGUGGACCUGUUUAAGCGCCGCGUGGUGCGGAGACUGGCAUCCCUCAAGACACGGCGCUGCCGGCUGAGCAGGGCGGCGCAGGGCCUCCCAGAGCCGGGUGUUGAGACCUGUGCCGUGUGCCUGGACUACUUCUGCAACAAGCAGUGGCUCCGGGUGCUGCCCUGUAAGCACGAGUUUCACCGAGACUGUGUGGACCCCUGGCUGAUGCUCCAGCAGACCUGCCCACUGUGCAAAUUCAACGUCCUGGGGAACCGCUACUCUGAUGAUUAGCUGCCCAGCUGGACUCUGCACGUGGGGAUGGACCCUUCCUGCCUGCUCCCCGGUCCUCAGCCUGGGCUCCCAGGACAGGACAGGAUGGGACAGCAGGAUAGACAGGACAGCAAGCCCAGUGGGUGGGAGGAAGGAUGAGGGCCCCACUGUGUCCAUACUGGGAAGGGGGGCUCCACAGCUAUAGGCUGAGGAUCUAGGGCCGGGACCUGUCAGUCUAGGAAGAGGUCACUUUAGGACCUUCUCUGUAAUCCUGUGACAUGAGUCUGCCCUCCUCACAGGCAGCUCCCAGGUCAAUAGGGAAGGAGCAUAUGGGGCCAGUGUAGCUGUUCCCAGGGUUCUGGGAGCUCCCUGUGGCCUGUCUGGGAAUCCCUGGAGGCUGAGACUACAGUGGCCAGGUUUUGUGCUUAUUUAUUGGGGGGUGGGUUGAGGGAGGAGCUAUCUGGCCUUGGGGUACCCUGGCCUGACUGUCUUUCAGGAUACGUCUUGGUCAAGGCUGUCUGCCUGUUGCCCUUGGUCCUUGGGCACUGGGAGCCAUAGGUCCCACUGCCUGUCCAGCCUGGCUCCCUUCCUGGGCCUGGCUAGGACCAGAGGCCUUAGAUCCUGUUCUGGACUCCUUGGCUGUGGCUUUGUGUUGCCGACCGGGAUACUCGAAGCCACAGGAUCAAUGUAGUGCCUCAUCCGGGGCAUCCAUUUUUUUUUUUUUCAAAGAGUUGGGGUAGGGAAGGUUUAAUAGUAAAAUAAACGUGGCUAUAUUUUAACAUAAGAUG